AUGGUGUGCGGAUCGGAGACUUGGGCAGUAUCAUCUACAGUGAUGGCGAAAAUGGACUGCAUAGAAAGGAAGCUGCUUUCACGACUUUAUGACUACUUUUGGCGUAGCGUAUGUCACUGUGAAGAUCUUUACGCGGAAUUCGAUGUGGUGAACCGAUGGAUGACACGUGGAAUGUGUCAACAUUUGACAUCGCCUUCGAAAGUGACUACAGAAAAUCGUCAUCGCUUCUUUGGUCAUAUAUUAAAGAGACCAGCGGAUCAUCUUGUUCAACGAGUUCUGAGUAGUUUGUCUGGUUCAAGCUGGAAGAGGCCUGCUGGCCGAAAACGGAAGUUCUGGAAUGAGGUGGUGAGAGAGGACCCUAGGAUGCUCGGCGUGGAAAGACAUUUCGGGCGAGACGUAAGGUUUCGCAGAAUAUGGAGUAACGACGAAUGGAUUGAUUCCAAGCAAGCUCUCGCAGGAGAUCGCGAAGGUUGGCCAGAGCUAUGUUCAUGGACACGGAUCUCCCUCACUAGAGGGAUCACAGCCGGUUAG